AUGCGCCCACAUAUUGUCACCUCAGCUGUUUUAUCCUUCUCCAGACUCACCACGACCUCGGCCACCACCACCACCACCACCACCACCACCAUCACACCUAAAGCAUCAAGUCUAGCCCUUAAGACUCUCGCAGCAACAGCAACCUGUUCCCAGAGAUCAUUCUUCACCUCCAGCGCUUCCCAGUGCCAACCUCUCAAGUCCCAAGCCAAGACCACCCACACGCCCUCGGCACGCUUCAGUACUACUCCUAAAAUGGCUGCUCCCGUCAAGGCCGAGUCCUUCCUGGACCUCAUCAAGAACCGCCGCACAUACUACGCUCUUAACAAGGAGCUACCCAUCUCCAAGGAGCGCAUCCAGGAGAUCGUCAAGCAGAGCAUCUUCGAGGUCCCCUCAUCUUUCAACUCCCAGUCCAACCGUGUUGUCGUCCUCUUCGGUGCCGACCACGAAAAGCUAUGGGAUAUUACUACCGAGAUCCUCAAGACCAUCGUCCCCGCUGACGCCUGGGAACACACCGCUCAACGUAUGAAUGGAUUCAAGGCUGGUGCCGGAACCGUCCUGUUCUUCGAGGACCAGGAGGUCGUCCACAGCAUGCAGACCAAGUUCGCUCUAUACAGCGACAAGUUCCCCAUCUGGGCGCUACAGUCCGAUGCCAUGAUCCAAUUCGCCAUCUGGACUGCUUUCACCGCCGAGGGUCUCGGUGCUAACCUCCAGCACUACAACCCUCUAAUCGACGCCAAGGUUGCCAGCGAAUGGGGCAUCCCUGACAAGUGGCAGCUCAACGCCCAGCUCGUCUUCGGCGGCCGCGCCGGCGAGCCCGGCCCCAAGGACCAGCUCCCCAUCGAGGACCGCCUCAAGGUCUUUGGUGCUUAA